UACGUCACUGCUUCACCAACUACAACACUAUUUUUGGACCCACCAAAUCAUGUGAAGAAGCCCUACCAGCGAACUCAAGCAUUAAAUUUACUCACGCUUUUCCCGUGAAGAUCUUUAAAAUUUUCUAUUUUUAGAAUCCCGAGGAGAUCUCUGAUUGUUUAGUUUCCGCGCUCUUCCAAAAUCAUUGGAAACUGCAUUGCUCGAUUGUUGGCUCCGGUUUGAGAUUUGAUGACUUGAUCAAAGAAUGUAAGCAAUGUCCUCUAAUGAGAGAGAAGAUUCAUCGGCAGAUUCCUACAAUGGACAGCUGUUGAGGGACAUUAAGGAGGUAAGUAGAGCUCUUUACUUGAACAAUGCACCUCAAAGACCAGUGCUUUCGUUGCCUCCUGUCCGGUCUAAAUCUGUUUCCAGAACUUGUGCGUCGGUUAGUACUCUAAGUUCCGGUCAGGGAACCACAGAAAUUGGGUUGUUAUUGCCAAAUAAGAAGAAGAAAUCCUUUGUACCAUGGGAUUGGAAGAAACCCUUGAAAGCCAUAGCUCAUUUUGGGCAGCGUAGGUUUGAUGUGUGUUUUCGUCUCCAUGUUCAUUCCAUUGAAGGACUACCUUCAAAUUUGGAUGGUACUAAAUUAGUUGUGCAGUGGAAGAGGAAAGAUGAAGUGAUGUCCACUCAACCUUCCAAGGUUUUGCAAGGAACUGCCGAGUUUGAAGAGACCUUAAUGCACAGAUGUUCAGUAUACGGUAGCAAACAUGGGCCUCAUCGUUCUGUAAAAUAUGAAGUGAAGCUUUUUUUGGUCUCUGCCUCUCCUGUUGAUGCUCCCUGGCUUACUCUAGGGAAGCAUUGGGUUGAUCUCACCAGGAUCUUACCGCUGUCUCUAGAGGAGCUGGAAGGUGCAAGAAGCACUACAAAAUGGAACACGAGCUUCAAGCUAUCUGGCCUGGCAGAUUCCGCGGUGUUGAAUCUUAGUUUUGAUUACUCGGUUGUCACCAGCUCAGUCUGUGAUUCAGCUAGUGGAAAUGUGAUGCUGAAGCGGGUUGGUAGUGUUCCAAGUAUGGACCAUAGAUCUUCAACGCUUGAUGAUGGAAAGGUCUCCCAUCAACUCUCGUCGAAUCUGAGUCUGGAUCUUUCCCAGUCAAUAGAUUUUCUCUACGAAAAACUCAGCGAGGAAAACCCACAAAGGUCUACAGGAACUGAUAUAGAGUAUGAGCAUCUGGCGAAAACUAAGGUAGACAUAGGUUUGGAGACUGACAAGCAAGCAGAUGACUCUGACGACACUGAAUUUGCUUUCACGGGAAAAGGAUUAGAUAUAUUUCAGCAAGAAGUAUCCAGGCUGGAAGAAAGUACUGAUCCAAAAAUGGAGUCCUCGGAAAUUGAAAUUAUUGAUGUCCAUGAGUUACUUAAAGAUGAAGAUGCAGCCUUUUCCGAGGAAACCCAUUGUCGUGAUCAGUUAUCAGUGGCCGAGCCAAAAAGUGGAGCAAGCAAUUUCUUGCCAAAACAUUCAGUUUUUGGAGGAUCCAAGUCUGUUUUCAGUAGCCAGGUGAUUUCUGAGUCAUUUGAGAUUAAUUCUUCAUCGGCCAAGGAUGAUUCUACUGAGAAAGAUAAUUUUUUGGAAGUUAAUUCUGGUUACAAAGCUGCAAAAAGAUCAGCAAAGUCACUAAGCUUGGAUGACAUUACUGAAUCUGUAGCUAAUGAUUUUCUAAACAUGCUGGAAUUUGAGGAAUGUUCUUAUGUUUAUACCUCAGAUACAUCUCCUCGUGAAUAUCUGCUUCGAGAGUUUGAGAAGGAGGCUCAGGUUUCUGGAAACUUUCUCUUAGAUAUAGAUGGAGGAGCAGAAUAUGUGUCUGAUAUUGAUGAGGCAUCGAAUGAUUUCUCGUUUUCUUCAAGUUCUUUGGGUGUUGGGGAAACCAAGCGUGAGGUAAAACCUCAGCUGUUAAUAAACAGAAGGAAUGCCAAAAUAUUUGAAGACUUGGAAAUUGAAACUUCAAUGCAAGAGUGGGAUUUAAAUGACAACAGUUUUAACAACUCUCUAUGUGUUUGCUCUGAUGGGUUUGGAAGUCCAAUAGAGCUUCCGGUUGACGAGGGAUUAGAUUUGCCGCCACUUGCAGAUAACAUUGGUCCUUUUGUUUGGACAAAUGGGGGAGGCUGUAUCCGGUCCAUGAAUCCAUUACUGUUCAGAAAGUGUAAGGAUGCAUCACAUCUGAUCAUGCAAGUUUCAAUUCCGGUGGUACUAGUACCAGAAUUAGGUUCUGAUAUCCCUGAAAUACUCCAAAGUUUGGCAGCUUCUGGAAUUGAAGGGUUUUGCUCUGAAGUUAAUGCAUUAAUGCCUUUGGAAGAUAUUACGGGGAAAACAAUACAUGAAGUUAUCGAGGGCGCAAGAUUUGAAAGAAUUGUAAAUGAUGCCACGUUUCAUAAACCAUCAGGACAGCUGGAUUUGAUUCAUUCAAAGGAAAAAUUUGGGGGCUUUGGAUCCAAUAUGUGUUCAGGUUAUGUACCUCUUGAAGCUCUUGCUUCCUUGGCUAUCGAUGGGAUAGAACUUCUCUCGGUAGAAGGAUUAAAGAUUCAAUGUAGCAUGUCAGACCAAGAUCCACCAUCAGUCAUUGCACCAAAACCCAUGGAUCAGUCGGAGGCAAUAGAGUUAAUUAGUUUUUCAUUAACGUUGGAUGAGUGGUUAAGGCUUGAACAUGGCACGUCAGACACCGGAGAUCAAACCAGCAAGCAUACGAGAGAGAAAAAGUUAGCGCACCGUGCCUAUCAAGAUCAAGCUUCUAGUGGAAAGGGUCAUACUUUCGGGAACAAGUUGACACUUGCUUUCCGUGUGUUACUUAGAGAUCCAUUCCGAAAUAAUGAGCCUGUUGGUGCAUCUAUGCUUGCUCUGAUCCAAGUUGAAAGGUCUUUGGUUUCCUCAAAUCCAUCUGUGUGUGGUUUGGCUCAAGAAGAAAGAAUUAAGGAGUCCUUUGAAUAUGAUACAUAUUUGUGGAGAAUCACUGACAUUAGUCUUGCGGGUUUGAAAACUGAGCCUGGUGUAGAUCAUCAGUGGUGUACGAAAACCCAGCAAGAGUCUGGAUCCCGCUGGUUACUUGCCAGUGGUAAUGGUAAAACCAUCAAGUGUCAAGCUUCGAAGUCAAAGGCGACCAUUGUAUCAAACGCACAAGCAACCGGAAAGAACUUGGACACAUUGUGGAGUAUAACAACCGAUACGCACAAUCAAGAAGUGCCUUUAGAAAUCACUGUGAUAAGAAGACUCGACGUCAUAGGAGAAACAUGUCGAUUGGUCUCCAUCUCACUCCGGGAAGAUCAAGGCUGAAUUCAAGAUUCACAGCUGAACGAAAGAAGAAACUUACCUGUAGAAGCAGCGGGAGGAGAAGCGUUGGUACUUGGAGAUUCGUGAUGACUGAAACAGCUAGAAGAACCGGAGAAGAAAGCAGCAGCAUCAUCACCAUAAGAAUGGUUCAUCCCGGUAACCGCAGACA